CGCACCACUCAUCUGCUCCCAACAACGCCAUUACAGCAACAGCUUUAUUAACAUUUAUGGUGAGACGCAUCACCCAGCACAGAGCAGCACACGAUACGAUGCCGCAUUUCUAACGGUUUUACAUGUGUCACAUUAUAACCGUUGGCAUCUGAUGGUCCAUAUGCUGGUAAAGCACCUACUCGAUUUUGUUCAGCGCAAAGCAGCUUCCACUGUCAUUUUAUGCCGCAGUAGGUAAUCAACAGUGGGAUAUUCUCACGCCAAACCAAACUGCCAUCGUAUAAGCUUUGUAAUUAGGCAGCAUCCAAAUGUUGGGUACAUUCCCCAUGGAGAAAUACAUUUUGAACUAGCUGCAUCAGUAAAGCAAACAAACAGCACGUUCCACUGCACGUGUGUCACUUAAUUCGAGCUUGAAAAGUUUAUAAUUUAGUUCAAAUAGAAUCAGCCUGCAAUGGAAACGAGUAUACUGGGAUUAAUUGAAUUAUAAAUUUAACCGGCAAAACUGCGAUAGUGAAAAUCGAACACUUCAAUGCGAAUGAAAUAAUCUAGCAACGCUUGCCACCGGUCUUCAACGGCCGCAUGUGUCAGUUGUUGUUUUUUUCGUCCCGUUUCCUUCCCCCUUCAUCAGCUCCUAACCGGUGGCAACUAUACCAAUUGGUUCAGAUAGCGCGUUCCGACACACACUCAAACAGUACGCGUGUACGUCGAGGUUUCAUACAGCGCAUGCUACCAACACAGCUGAACCGUGCUAUACGAGAGAGGGUCGUUUUUGUUUUCGCUCUCCGUCCGUUCGGCAGUGACGAUCGAUAGGUAGGUGAUGUGCCAGCUUGAAAGCAGUGACGCGUUGGCUCUACGGCUGUGAAAAAAGAGGAAAAUAAAUUUGUGUUUCUGAUUAGAGGAAGAAUAUUCUCGGCAACGAAAUGGAUCUGUUUAAGCCGAACCUUCCAAUAAAAGUGAGACAGCGUCGGUCUUUCUCGUUGGCCGAAAAGAUGACAAUAUUGGACCGCUUAUCAAAGGGUUUAAGUGCAACAAAAAUUGCUCGGGAAUACAACGUCAACGAGUCCACGAUUCGACACAUGCGUAAGCAAGAAGCAACAAUUCGCAUGGCAGCACAUUCUAUGACCUCUAAAAUUGCUUCCGGUUCGAAACGAAAUCGAAAUCUUCAGAUGUCAAAGAUGGAAGCCUGCCUAAACAUAUGGUUGGAUGACAUGCGAGCCAAACGACUGCCUAUUUCACACAUCAAAGUUAAAUCCAAAGCAUUGAAACUGUAUGAACUAAUCGGCAAACACGAACUGUACGAACACAUAGGAUUUUCAGCCAGUAAUGGGUGGUUUGAGAGGUUUAAAAGGAAAUUUGAGCUCUACGAAUUGAGACCACAAGACGACCGUGCCCCAUCUAAUGAAAUUGAGUUCAGAAUCACCACAAAAGGUGCGAUUGCCGAAGGAAACAUUUCUAACGAUCAAAUAUUUACAGUUGACAACACAGUUUUCAGUUGGAAACGUUUGCCUCAGAUGGAGGGUGAAUAUAACGUAACCAUGCUAUUUUGCUGCAAUGCAACUGGAAACUUCAUCACACCACCAGUUCUGUACAGCAACGAAGCAUCCGAACCCACGUCUCGAUCAGUAUUCGUCCAAUUGGACAGACCCGGAUCAAUCAGUACGCAAAAUGUGCGAAAUUGGUUCUAUACUUUCUUCGUACCUAAAGCUGAGAAUUACCUUAGCGAAUCAAACCUAUCGGAUAGAGCUAUUGUACUGCUAGCUCACGACCAAAAUUAUCCCAAAGAUUUAGUACAUCAUUCUUUCGAUAUUGCCGUUUUUCCAGCCGACUGCAAUUCGUCCUGCUUGCCCACAGGUCAAGGUAUUCUCACUCAUUUUAACGCAGUCUAUCUGAAACGGUUGAGCUUAAAAUUGAAGGAUCUUGUGCAGUGUGGUAAAACCUUGCAGGAAGCUUGGGAUCUUUUCUCAAUAGACGAUGCAACGGAAAUUCUUGAAACUAUGAUCACUCAACUUGACUCACGUGCUAUGAGGAAUGGCUGGGCUCGUUUAUUGGACGGCACAGUGGAAGAUCAUUCAAAUGACGAAAUUGUGCAGGAUACAGUCGACAUCCUUCACUCCAUAGGUUUGGAAAGUGUAACGGUUGAAGCUUUGCACAAUCAAAUCACACCUCAGGAAUUAUCGAAUGAAGAAGUUAUUGAAAUUUACUUUCAUCAUCAGAAGGAAUUGGAUCAAUCGAACCUGUUCAGCUUCGGUCAACCACCAUCAGUUGAGAAACUUCCUGCAGAGGAAUAUAUGGAUCCUGAUUUGAGAAAUACACUGCUCAUAGAAAUCAAUCAUCAUAUGUUGGCGCUGAAAAAUGCACAGAAAUUUUUUGAAGAAAAUGACAAAAAUAAAGCACGAUCUGAAGCCAUUACAAAACGACUGAAACAGGUGCACAUAUGGAUGCGAGAGAUGAAAAACGAAGUACAUCCUCCUGACCCUGUGGAAAUAGAUCCCAUCGAUAUCAAAAUUGAACCAGUAGAAUUUUCCGUGGAAAUGAUAGAUAGUGAUUGAAGAUUUGAAAUACAUUUGGUUAGAAACAAAAAAACUGAAUGAUUUUUUUCCUGGAUUGAAAAGAACUUGUAUCACCUGGUCCACUGGUUAUUGACGCGCGUUGUAAAAAAUUACCAUGACACUUGAUA